AUGGAGGACGACAUUGAUGAUAAGAUCUCUGAUCACCCUGCACUACUCCGGAUGCAGCAGCCCUUUGCUAAAAUCCUCUCCUCUACCUUUGGCACCAACAAUGCUGAUACAGAGCGGGCCAAUGAUUUGUUGCAUGGUGGCAGUGGUGAUGCACUCAACUCAGCCUUACCAGAGGGUACAAAUUCCAUGGGGGCAUUCUUGAAGGACAUGGAAGAGUCCAGCGUGCUCUUUCCUAGAGAGAACAUCUUCAGAAGGGAAGAGCUGGCGAAUCAGAUGCCCAGUGAAAGCAGCAAUAAAAGUAGGUUCAUGAAGAUGUACAAUCGAUAUGGUAAUCUAGAAGAGGUAAGGACCAGCAAAGCUGCGAUGGCAAUCAAGGUGCUGGAGGACACUUGUGUCCAUGAGAUGUUAGAUGAUAUGAUGUUAUGUGGCCAUGAGAUAUGCAUCAGAGACAUAGAGAAGCUGCGCAUUUCCAUGGCUAAUGAGGUGGAGAACAGUAGGAACAGGGGUGGUAGGAAGGUGGUGAGUAAUGUGGUGGACAUACGCACACUGUUGAUCCUUUGUGCACAGGCGGUGGCAGUAAACGAUCACACGAGAGCGCGUGAGCUACUGAAGCAGAUCAAGCAACAUGCAUCAGAAACAGGGGAUGUCACACAGAGGCUAGCUCAAUGUUUUGCCAAGGGGCUGGAGGCACGGCUAGUGGGCACGGGGAGCCAGCUUUGGCAACUGCUCAAGGAAGAAAGGCUCUCAAUCGUAGAGUUCCUAAAGGCACAUAACCUCUACAUGGCAGCCUGCUGCUUCAACAAGGUGGUGCUCGAUUUUUCGAUAAUGACAGUCAUGAAGGCCAUGGUGGGCGAGAGAAAACUGCACAUUGUUGACUAUGGAAUGAGCUAUGGGUUCUGUCGUGGUAUGCAAAUCCACAGCCGGGUGGCAUAA